CAUGCGAGUUCGUUUGUCCCGUAGACCAAUCAGAAUCCCUGCUCAUACAAAAAAAACGCCCCUCGUUAAGUUAGAUUGAACUCCGGUUUCUGUCAAAGUAUUUAGCUAGCCAGUGUUAGCUUGUUAGCCGGGAUGUCACCCAAAGCAAUAGCUAGCACCUGAACAUUGUAUGCGAAAAUUGAACCCGGACGCACGUUAACAUCUCCAUUGAAAGGACUUUUCCAGCUCUCUGAAAACAGCGGAUGGCCCGGACAGUACGUGUCGUAGGACCCACAUAAAAAGAGGGACUCCAAUCUGAACCUCUGAAUGAGUAAUGAACCUAAACCCCUUCUGGAGCAUGUCUGCCAAUACGAGUCGUAAGCAGAGAUCUGAUGAGGAACAGAGCGCGCAUGGGGAGCAGAGAGCCAGCCCAGCCCGACUUCCCUUCGGCAAAAAGCAACUUCCACCCAUUCCUAAGAAUACAGCCCCCAUUACCAAGCCCACGUCAACGGGCACCCCAGUCCAGUCUGCCAAUGGCACACACGCCUCCUACGGCCCCUUUUACUUGGAGUACUCUCUGCUGGCUGAGUUCACACUGGUGAUUAAGCAGAAACUCCCUGGAAUUUAUGUCCAGCCAUCCUACAAAUCAGCACUAAUGUGGUUUGGGGUCAUAUUCAUCAGACAUGGCUUGUACCAGGAUGGAGUCUUCAAAUUCACUGUGUAUAUUCCAGAUAACUAUCCAGAUGGAGAGUGUCCGAAAUUAGUAUUUGACAUCCCAGUCUUCCACCCUCUCGUUGACCCUGUGUCUGGAGAGCUUGAUGUCAGAAGAGCUUUCACCAAAUGGAGACGGAAUCACAACCACAUCUGGCAAGUCUUGAUGUAUGCACGUACAGUUUUCUACAAGAUCAACACCACAGAACCACUCAACCCAGAGGCUGCUGUGCUGUAUGAAAAGGAUGUGCAGUUGUUCAAAAGCAAAGUGGUGGAUAGUGUGAAACUAUGCAACAGUCAUCUUUUUGACCAGCCCAAGAUCGAUGAUCCCUACGCAAUAAGUUUUUCUCCAUGGAACCCAGCUGUUCAUGAGGAAGCGAAAGAGCGGAUGUUCACAUACAAAAGACGACCUGAGGAUCACCACAAGGGAACGCAGGUGUCUGGGCUGUCUUGGGUGAAGCCUGGAUCGACGCAGCCCUUUAGUAAAGAUGACAGUCCACCCCAGAGCUGAGCCUGCACUGUCACAGAAGCAGCAGCCACUAGAGGGAGGCACAUGCAUGCCACACCACUGGCUGGCCUCAGCUAUUAAUGAACUGGAUCUUUGAAACAGUUGGGAGAACUUUAUGUUAAAUCUCUGUUAUUGCUCAGCUUUAAAAGCUUUGUAGGCAUCUCCUCAAACAGCUUUAGAAUAAGAAAACAAAGUUUGUAUUAUAUGUAAAUCGACGAUGACAAAUGGAUGUCUCAGCAACAUCGUUUAGGCUGCGAUGCAAUCAAAGAGCUUUCUCAUUUAGAUUUUCAGAUCCAUGCACAUGUUGGGCUAGGUGAUACAACAUACUGUCCCAAAAGGAGCUGAAAAGGAUGAGCAAGGCAUUCAUACAGUAAGUAUAGUGGACUAUAUGAUCUCUACCACUUGUUGAAAUUGGCUCAGGACUGUUUAUUUGUCAGACUUGGAAUGUUGUCAGUCACAGCUGUGUGAAUGAAAUCUCCUUAUCCCCCCCAUUAUCCGAUCAGAUUGAAAUGAUAUGUUUUGUAUUUGUUUCUUAUUGGACAAUGAUUUCUUUUAAAUCCCACUGUGUAAACUAUUGUCUUACAUAGUUCCUAAUAUAUAUAUAUAUAAAGCAGAGCAGACGGUAUGGUUUUAAAUGAGAUGCUAAAUAAGGAAGCUCAUGUAUUUUAUUUUGUCUGAUUUUAAAUGAUUAUUGAUGUUUUAUGUACCUUUUGUUGGUUAUUAAAGGUUUGAUGUGUAAAUAAUGGAUGCUGUGCUAAGCUUUGACUUUUAGAGACCAUCGAUGCUUGGAUUUUCAAAGUUAGGUUUUGGGGUUUUCUUUGCUUACUUUGCAAAUGUUACAAGUCAAAGGAGUUACUGCAGGAUUUCCACAUAAGUCUAAAGGAAAGUCAGAGCUGUAUUUUGUUAAGGUUUAGUUAUAAACUAGUUUAUAAGCAGCACAAAAUGCAGGUUUUUCCAGCUACAACAAUACACCUUUUCUGUUUUGGCAGACAAAUGUUGCGUUUCAUGUUUUCAUCUGUUCAGGGUUCUGGCUUGUUAGUAAUAUUGCCCAGCUACUUUAAAUAUGCAAAUAAUGUCAAACAAAGUGUGGGGAAAGUAUGGAAUUUUCCAAAUGUGUGGGAACUCCAGAAGGAAAGGACUCGAUCAGAGCUGCAGAUAUGGUGCUGAAACCUGUUAUAUCUAUUUAUAACUGUUAUGAUAGGGAAGGAUGUAACAAAAUCUCAGUGUUCUUCACACACUGACAUUUGGGCUGUUGGCAUCUUCAAACAUGAGUUUUAAUGCGUUCCAUAUGGACCCAUUUCUGCUCCAGUUUGUGAAAAACAUUGCUGCAUAAUGACAUGAGGUUUAAAUACUUUUUCUGAAAUCAAUAAAAUGAUCAAAAACUAA